UUAGAAGUGUCAGCAGUGACUCCCCACAGUCCCUCUGAUUAGAAGCUCAUUUCUCCUUCAGGUCAGAUUCUCUGUUGAACUCUGCUUUGCUUUACAUUUCUGCUGUGUCAGAAAGUCAACAAAUACAUACCUUACCGAAGUAUCAAACAUGCAGACUGCUGUCCACAACCAUUUUGUCUACUAAAGAAGGGAAACCUCCUUUAACUUCAGGUUAUGGCCACUAGAGGUCUUUUACUUUCAUGUUAGCUGCUGUUCAGUUUGUACUGCCCUUUUUUUAUUUAUUUAUUCCUGCGUGAGCAGAUCUAGUACACUUCUUGCAUAUAAACAGUGACAAUUACAAUAUAAAAGACCUAUUAUACUUUAUCUUGGAGUAACAUUAGAGCUAGUGAGAGGCUUAUCUACUUUGUAAGACUAAGAAGACAUUUCCUGUGGGUACACUCAAAGAUUUCAGGAAAUAUUUCAUGCUAUUCUGCAUUUGCUGGUUAUUCAGAUUGGACCAUCUUCUGAUGUCAAAGUAUUUACAAGAUUUUCUCAAAUGACACAAUACCUCAGAUACAGUUGGCCUCCUGUUCGCAUGGACUGAAGUAACAACUACACAUAGUAAUGCUAUGUUUUUAUCUGGUCACAAGUGGCUACGUUAUUUUGAAAUGUUAAUUUAACUUUCAACAGUAAAAACACGGCUGAAGAAGAAAACUUUCUUAAGAAAGCAAUUCAGUUUGUUAUUAAUUAAUAUAAUUUCAUCAGUAAAACUAUGCAUUGGAAAUGAAAGUGCCCCCAAAAGUUGCAAUGUCUGUUUAGUCAGGACGCAUUUAAGAUGUGUGACUGAUCUGUCAUAUAAAAAAAAGCUGGAUUGCUAAUGGAGAGGUGACUGACAAAUAAGAGCCAUCGGGAAAGCCAUAAGACACAGUGUGACCUUUAAAUGAGUUAACUGUAAGCAUAGCUGUCUACUGCAAUUCUGUAAAAUGAAGAAUCAUGUUUGCUUCAGAAGACUUUCUGCAUUUUCCAGCUACAAUAAAUCUUUCUUUACAUUUUAUAUUUAAUAUCUUUACCUUAGUGUUCAGUCUAACGAGCAAUUAAAUUUGAAAAAGAACAACAAGAAGAAUGAAAUGCUUAUCUUGUUCAUUAGCAAGGUGUUCAUUUGAAUCUAAGGUAUACAAUCAUAUGACAGAGUUCAAAUGACAAAUGUAAUGUGCUUCUUUGCGACCCAUUACUUGCAGACUUUAAAUUGUGAUUCAAUGGCCCAGCAAAACAUGAAAAUGCGCCCGGUGCUACUGAAGAGAAACAGUCUGGAUUCAUUUGAUUUUAUGAGACAGCCACAUCACCGCAGAAGCAAAUCUCAGCAAGUUCGUUUCAAGGAUGAUGGUAUCAACACAAAGACAGUGGAUGUCACUGAACUGGAUAAUAAUCCUGCCCAAGAUAUUGCAUUAAUGAUAGAAAAUACAGAAAUAUCUCAACAACACAAAUUUUUGUUACAACCUUCAUCUUUUCCAAAGGCUCAGAAGGGGCUUCAGAAUAUUGCCAUACAAACAUCUCCUAGCCUCAGGAAACACUUCCCUGUUUUUAGAAGAAAAAAACUGUUGGUAAGCAAAUCACUAACAGAAAUGCCAAGUGAGCCUAAAGACUGCAUUCCAGUAAAUGACAGUCUUUCUGAACAAGACAUUAUGUCUUCAGACUUCUGUUACUUAAGAAUAAGUAGCCAUUUGGAAGAUGGAUUCAGGAAUAUUCAGGUGGAUGGUCAGUCAAGUCAAAGACUGCCAGAAGCACAGAGAAAUGGACAUAUCCAAAUCCACGAUUCCUCAGUAACAGAAAAGACAACUGCUUCUACACAGGUGCCUGAAUACAUUCAUGUGAAUUUUCCACAAAACACUGAUACUUCCAUGGAUGCAUCAGACACAAACAUGAAUUUAAGUAAUUUACUGCAUUCUUCUAAUUCUUCUACUAUCAUAAAUAGUAAUGAAAACAAUGAAACCAGCAUGCUGUCACCUAUUUCUGAAAAAAUAUGCCCUUGCCUAAGUGAUUCCACUAAUGGCAAUGAUUGUAAUCCUCAUUCUGACUCUUGUGAAACAGCUAACAGUGAUUCUGAGUUACUUGUAGUCAGCAAAGAUACAAACAGUAAAGAAACUACUCCAUUAUCACCUCCAUCAAAUCAAAGUUCAUCUCCUUGUUUCCUCAGAAACUACUUACAGACAGUAGAGAAUAAAACAGAUUCCAGCUGUGUGACAGUAACAAAUGAUGAUCACACAGUAAUGUCAUCGACCAGCAGUAAUGCUUCAAAAUCUGUUUCUUCAGUUAGUACUGAAACUGAGAAAAAUUCUACUCUGUCUGAUGUUUCCCAAUGUAAUGGCUCUUUAGAAGGAUUUCACACGGAGUCUUAUCUGCCAAGGAAUGAAAUAAAACCACACAUCAACAAAGAGAUUAGUGAAAUAAAUCAAAUUCAUUUGACACAUGGUGAACUAUGUGCUCUACAAGGCAAGCUGCAGUCUGUAGAGGAGUCGUUGCUGUCAAACCAGGAGAAGAUUAAAGUCCUUUUGAAUGUAAUUCAAGACCUUGAAAAAUCCAGAGCCCUCAGUGAAGGGCGCAACUUCUACCACACUGGUCAAGACCUCAACAACUGCAGCACGUGUCAGAACACCGCGUGUAUAAUUUACAGCGUAGAAUAUGACUUCAGACAACAGGAAGGAAGAUUUCAACAGAUUUUGAAAAGGCUGGAUCAUGCAGAGCAAAAUCCAGCUUCAGCUUCGCCUCAGAAGCCAUCAUUUGAUCAUCCUCUUCCCGAGAAAAAGGAGUUAAGGAAGAAAACAAAAAAGGUGAAAAAAAAAUGCUUCUGGUGGAUUUGACUUCCUUACAGAUCUUAAACUAAAACAAUUUUUAUAUUUCAAAAGACAAUAGAGCAAAAAGAGGUUUGGAAGCACAGAACUGAAAAUACACUAUUAUGAAAUCACUAAACUAAAGAAUAUUUAAUUGAGUAUCAAAUCAGAAGAAUUGAUUUAAAUUAUAUCACUGAAUAAAGACACAUGAAGAGACUGUUUCUGAAAACGAAAUUUAAGUUUUCUUUUUUCUUCUUUUUUUUUUUUGCUCCGGUGAUCCUCACAUUCUUUGUAAAGACAUUUUUGUUCAAGUUCAAAAAAAAAAAAAAAAAGACAAUGGUAGUCAAACCUGCAGACUUCAUUUCAUAUUCUUAAGCAACAUGAACUAAAAAGAACUUCACUGAUCUUUGAACAGACUGCAUAAUCAAAUAAAAGUUCAGGGGAAUCUCCUCAGAGGAGCUAAUUACAAUUAUUUCACAUCUCCAGUGAAAUAUAUUGGUUGUUGUCAUCUACGAUUUAACCAUAAUGAAGAAUUUCAGGUUCAAGUUUUAUUCUGUUCUUAUAUCAGUUCAAUUUGAAAAUGAAUUAUUUCGAAGUUUCUCAUUUAAUAGACUUUUGUUAAGUAUCUUAAAAUUUAAAGGAAAAAAAAGGAUAUCAUAGUAAUUCUAGAUCUAAUUUCCUUCCUAAAUGAGGUCCAAUUAGAUCUUUUUUAGUUUUAAGCAUCUCCAGUGAUGGAGAAUUCAUAACAUCCAAGGGCGGCGCUUUCCAGCAUUUGUCCAUCUCCACAAUGAAAAGAACAUCUGAUUAGAUUUUACUGAAUUCUGACUUGUACUCAUUACAUCUUGCUCUAUCCCAAUGCACCUUACCCUGAUGAAUAGAGAGGAAUAGCCACUUUUGCCUCUGUACUACUAAAACACUCACCUAAUUCUUCCUCAUUGCAUUUAAUAUCUGUAUUGCUAAAUCAAAACAUUCUAAGGUGUUUGUUUAUUUGUUUUGGUUUGGUUUUUUUGCUUUAGGAGGGUAAAUGACUUUAUUAAAUACAACAUAGAUAAGUGAAUAUUAAAAAAAUUUGUUCUGCAGAAUUUUUCUUAAACUCUGGUUAAACAGUUCAAAUGAUGCCAGGGUCUUCAACAGAUUUACCUUUAGAUCCUCCUUUUUUAUACCAUAUAUUAUUAGUUCUGUAAUAUUAGUUAAAAAUGUCUAUUCUUUUUGUACACUUCUGUGUUUCUCCAGUGCUUAGGGUUAACCAGACAUUUGAAAACACCUUAAAAACAAUUAUGCAUAGAUGUCAGAAAAGACCAAAGAUUACAAAAACCAGUCUUCAUUUACAGUGAUGCUAUGUCAUAUGGCUUAAUCAUGAUUAUCAUGAUAUUAAAGGACAACAGUUUUAAAAAUAAUGUUAAGUACAAUCCAUAUGGAAUUGACAGACAUAGAAUUAUCAUUACUUUAAAGACCUUUUGAAGGGAAAGCUGUACAUGCAAUGUUACUAGCAAAGUAUAUGCCUUUAGUGAGCCAGAAAAGUUUGUCAAUAAUGGUUUGUGGAUAUAGUAGGCACCAGAAUUUAUUAGAUAAGAGUAUGUAAUUUUAUCACAC